AUGUUCCGUCGUCAAGAAAUCAACAACGAGAAUGAUACUGCCCUGAAACAACAAUUUACAAGAUCCAGUGAGUCCAAACCUGGGCGCUCUGUUGCUAAUUCAUCUGAGCGUUCAACUCAAAGGAGAGCUGUUUUAGGCGCUCUAGAUGUUAACCAUGCAACUACACGUUCCAGCGGAUCUAGACCUUCAGCAUCAACUUCAAGAUUCAAUAAAAAAGUAAAACUCUCUUCAAGCGAUGUCAGUGACGCUGAAAGAGAGAAUAUGCAAAUAUCAUCAGACUAUCGAAGCAAUAGUGACUUUGAUGAAGAAAGAGAGUUAUACACAAGAGUUAUCGAUGAUAUCGAUCAACAGAAGUACGACGACGAACUCCGCCAAAGUAAGCCUGAUGCUCAGUUCAUUCAGGAAGACCUUGGCUCGAAUAAGGAGUCCCUUAGAUCCGCCAUAAGUCGUACAACAGCAGCAUUAAAUACUAACCAGAAAGUUCACCUUGAUAAAACCAAUUCCUUUGAAGAAGAAGAGGAAGAAAGAGAUACAAUCAUCCUUGGUGAAAAUCUAGACAUGCAAUCACAAGGACAAAGAGUCGUUAACGAAGACGAAGAAGUAGAAGAAGACGUGGAAGACGAUGACAACGAUGUUGUUGAUGAUGAUGAAGAUGAAGGCCUGUUGGAAAUCGACCUUAGCCAACCAUUAAGUGCACCAUGGAAUCGUCAAAUUUUUGAUGAACUCGAACAUGUCAUGAGAAAGUUCUCUAGAGCAGCAUUGGACCCUAAUGAUGAGGACACUUAUGAUGCCACAAUGGUUGCAGAGUAUGCACCUGAGAUUUUUAAUUAUAUGCAUGAGUUGGAACAUAAGCUAGCUCCAGAUCCAAAUUAUAUUGAUAGACAAGAAGAACUCAGAUGGGAAAUGCGUGCCGUAUUAAUGGAUUGGGUUGUUCAAGUACAUCAACGGUUCAGUUUACUUCCAGAAACAUUAUAUCUUGCAGUUAAUUAUAUUGAUCGUUUCCUUUCCAAAAGAAAAGUUAGUUUAUCCCGUUUUCAACUUGUUGGAGCAGUGGCUCUUUUCCUCGCAGCCAAAUUUGAAGAAAUCAAUUGUCCAACAAUACAAGAGGUUGCGUAUAUGGCCGAUAACGUAUACUCCAUUGAUGAUUUCAAAAAGGCAGAACGAUUUAUGAUUGACGUUCUUGAAUUUGACAUGGGAUGGCCAGGACCUAUGAGUUUCCUUAGACGUACAAGUAAAGCAGAUGACUACGACUAUGAAACACGGACUUUAGCCAAAUACUUUCUUGAAAUCACUAUCAUGGACCAUAGGUUUGUUGCUAGUCAGCCCAGUUGGCUUGCAGCCGGAGCACAUUAUCUAAGUCGACAAUUGUUAAAUAAAGGAGACUGGACAGAGGCUCAUGUAUUUUAUAGUGGAUAUACCGAGGCUCAAUUGAGACCAUUAGCUUCUGUCUUAUUACACAAUUGUCAACAUCCAGAACGCAACCACAGAGCCAUUUAUGAGAAAUACCAAGAACGUCGUUACAGAAGACUGUCACUCUUUGUACAAGACUAUCUCAGGCAGAUUGAAUUUUGA